GAAACCUUACGGGAGAGGAUUAGGGGCCUGAAAAAGCUGACAAGACGGCAAAUAUGGGAAGUGGAGCCAGUGCUGAGGACAAAGAACUGGCCAAGAGGUCCAAGGAGCUAGAAAAGAAGCUGCAGGAGGAUGCUGAUAAGGAAGCCAAGACUGUCAAGCUGCUACUGCUGGGUGCUGGGGAGUCAGGAAAGAGCACCAUCGUCAAACAGAUGAAGAUCAUUCACCAGGAUGGCUAUUCACCAGAAGAAUGCCUGGAGUUCAAGGCUAUCAUCUAUGGAAAUGUGCUGCAGUCCAUCCUGGCUAUCAUCCGGGCCAUGACCACACUGGGUAUCGACUAUGCUGAACCAAGCUGUGCGGAUGACGGGCGACAGCUCAGCAACCUGGCUGACUCCAUUGAGGAGGGAACCAUGCCUCCUGAGCUCGUGGAGGUCAUUAGGAGGUUGUGGAAGGAUGGUGGGGUGCAAGCCUGCUUUGAGAGAGCUGCAGAAUACCAGCUCAAUGACUCCGCAUCUUACUACUUGAACCAGUUAGAACGAAUUACAGACCCUGAAUACCUCCCUAGUGAGCAAGAUGUGCUGCGAUCCAGAGUCAAAACUACGGGCAUCAUUGAAACCAAGUUUUCUGUCAAAGACUUGAAUUUCAGGAUGUUUGAUGUGGGAGGGCAGAGAUCUGAGAGAAAGAAGUGGAUCCACUGCUUCGAGGGAGUCACCUGCAUCAUUUUCUGUGCAGCCCUCAGUGCCUAUGAUAUGGUGCUGGUGGAAGAUGACGAAGUGAAUCGUAUGCAUGAGUCUUUGCAUCUGUUCAACAGCAUAUGUAACCACAAGUUCUUUGCGGCUACUUCCAUUGUCCUCUUUCUCAACAAGAAGGACCUCUUUGAGGAAAAAAUCAAGAAAGUCCAUCUCAGCAUUUGUUUUCCAGAGUAUGAUGGUAACAACUCCUAUGAUGAUGCGGGGAAUUACAUCAAGAGCCAGUUCCUUGACCUCAAUAUGCGAAAAGAUGUCAAAGAAAUCUACAGUCACAUGACCUGUGCUACAGAUACACAGAAUGUCAAAUUUGUGUUUGAUGCAGUUACAGAUAUUAUCAUCAAAGAAAACCUCAAGGACUGCGGCCUCUUCUAAUCCUCACCAUUCCUCAGAUGGAGUAUACAUGACUGCAACUGUGUUUCACACAUUCUUUUCAAAGUGGGAUAGCUAUUGCAGCUUAAAGAGCACAGGCCAGUAGUUAGAAGACCCCCCAGGUUCCAGUACUGGUUUUCCAACUUAAUACAAAAAUGUGAAUACUUU